GCUCAGCGACAGCAACAAAAAAAUGGCGGCGUUGGCUGGGGACCGUUGGAGAGAUGAGCUCCCUGGCCACGAAAUGUUCCGUAAAUUGAAGGAGAGUCUUAGUUUAGAGCCUCUGGGUGCCAGCAGAAGAAUAGCAAAGAACCUGACGUUCUGUCUGAAUGUGGAUUUGUUCAUAUGGGACAAUGCGGAGUGCGUGUUUUAUACGACCAACCUACGGCAGCUAAACUCCGAGGAUGCCCUGGAUACUGCAAAAUAUCAGACUUUGCUAUGCAUCAAGCCGCCCCUGUUUGAAGUGUGUCGGGUUCUGCUCAGCCCCACGCAGCAUCACGUAGCUCUUAUCGGCCAUCGUGGCGCCACCGUGCUGGAGCUGCCGCAGCGCUGGGGAAAGAAGUCCGAGUUCGAAGGUGGUAGCCUCAAGAUAAACUGCAAGACCAUUCCCAUGGCAGAGCGCUUCUUCACAAGCUCGACCUCCAUCACCCUCCGUCAGGCUGCUUGGUACCCCAGUGAGAUGGAGGAGCCCCACCUGGUGCUGCUCACGUCAGACAACACCAUCAGAUUCUACAGUCUUAAGGAGCCCCAAACACCUGCUAGAGUGCUCCCAGUGUCUCAGUCAGAGGAGGACAGUCACAUCCACACAAGAGGGCGUUCGUACGCGGCCUCCCUGGGUGAGAUCGCCGUGGCAUUCGACUUCGGGCCACUGGCGAGCGCCCCCCAUGCCCUCUCUGGGCCACGCGUGGACGACUUGCUGCUGUACCCCUUGUACAUCCUUUACGAGAACGGAGAGACGUUCCUGAGCUACACCUCCCUCACGCGCACUAGCCCAGGGAAGCUCCUGGGACCCCUUCCUAUGUACCCCCCGGCCGAGGACAACUACGGCUACGAUGCCUGUGCUAUCCUCUGCCUGCCCUCUGUGCCCAACAUCCUGGUGAUCGCCACAGAGACAGGCAUGCUCUACCACUGUGUGGUGCUGGAGUCUGAGGAGGAGGAAGAUGGAGGAGCUGUACAGCGGUGGUCCCGGGGCUCGGAUGCUGUGCCGUCGCUCUACGUCUUCGAGUGUGUGGAGCUGGAGCUCGCCCUCAAACUGCCUGCUGGAGAGGAGGAGGACCUGGCGGAGUCCGACUUCACCUGCCCAAUCAGAUUGCACCAAGACCCUCUGUGUCAGCACAGGUACCACUGCAUCCACGAAGCGGGUGUGCACAGUGUGGGCCUCACCUGGUUCAACAAGCUGCACAAGUUCCUUCUGUCAGAUGAAGAGGAUAAGGACAGUCUUCAGGAGCUGGCAGCUGAGCAGCGAUGCAUAGUGGAACAUAUUCUCUGUACCAGACCACUCACCAGCAGUGUUCCCGCUCCGGUGCGAGGCUUCUGGGUAGUGUCUGACCUGUCUCUGGGUGCCACUAUGGUCUGCAUUACCAGCACCUAUGAGUGCCUCCUGCUCCCUCUGCUGAGUUCCAUCCGGCCCCCCUCCCCUCCCCUGUUGUGUUCGCGCGUGAGCACGGCAGAGGCCUUGGUCAGCUCCCCCCUGCGCGGCUUGGCUGAUGACUCGUUUGAGCAGCAUAUUCGUAACAUAUUGGCACGAAGCUCCACCAAUCCACUUGUGCUUAGGGCGGGGGAUAAGGACUCCUCCUCUCCCACUCCUGAGUGUCUGCAGCUGCUGAGCAGAGCUACGCAGGUCUUCCGCGAGGAGUACAUCCUCAAACUGGACCUGGCCCGCGAGGAAAUCCAGAAAAGGGUCAAACUGCUCACUGGCCAGAAGACCAAGCAGCUGGAGGACCUCACGUUGUGCAGGGAGGAGAGGAAGAGCCUGAGGGAGGCAGCAGAGAGACUGGCUGACAAGUACGAAGACGCAAAGUAUCGUCAGGAGGUCAUCAUGAACAGGAUGAAACAGGUGCUGAGUAGCCUGCGCAGUCAGCUUCCUGUGCUGUCAGAUAGCGAGAAGGACAUGAGGAAAGAGCUGCAGACCAUCAAUGACCAGCUUCGUCACCUAGGCAAUAGCAUCACUCAGGUGAACAUGAAGAAAGACUACCAGAAGAGGCAGAUGGAUAAAGGCUCUUCUCUGGGUCGUGGCACCAUCACACUGAACGCCCACCAGAAGAAAUGCAUUCAGAGCGUCUUGAAGGAACAGGGUGAACACAUCGCUGAUAUGAUGAAGCAGAUCAAGGACAUCAAGAACCAUUUUAGUUUCUGAAGAGCAAGCCGCUGACUACGCUUGCCCAAUCUCAUUAACCAUUACAAACACAAGCGAUGAAGGCCAUGUGACCCCAUAUUGCCAAAUAUUCUUUUAGAAUGGCUAGGGUAUGCUAUCGACAAAUAAUACACGUCCUACAAUACAAUGUCCUAUUUUGAACAGUCAAGGAUAUGGUUGUGGUUGAGCCUGAGAGACAAGUUGACAUUUUGUAUAAAGUAGUAUAAGCAAGCUUUUAUAUGCUGUGUGUGCAAGCAUCUCUUUGGAGAAUAAAAUGUUUUGUAUAUUUGAGGGCA